UCCAUUCCAUUUUCAUUGUGGUGACUAUUUGAUGUCAUCAAAUCCAAAAAUUUAACUCCACACCAAACAACAACAACAACAACUCAUCGAAAUCAAAAACCAAAACCAUGUCCUUCCCAAAACCUUAUGCUUCUCAAAUAACAACCGCAAACAAAACCAAUUAACUUCUAUUUUUCCACCUUAAAAGUAUAAAACACCUUCUCUCAAAAAGUGCUUUAUUCCAAAACAAAACAAACUCAAUUUUGAACCUAACAUGACAUAAAUAUCAUCAAUUUUUUUGUUUGUUUUGUAUUUUAGGUUGUUUUCUAUAAGCUAUUCAAUCUAAAUGAAAAUCAUGUCACCUAUUUCAAUUCAAAAACCUGAAUUUCAUAUCUUACUUUUCAAAGGAUCGCCAAUUAAUUACAAAGCCACAAAAAUUACCUCUUCAUGGAACAUGUCUAUAGAUUCCAAAAAUUCAUCAACAAGGAACAGUAAUAAUGAUAUGAAGAAUUUGAAGAAGAAGGAUGAAUUUUCUGUGAAGCUUUCGAUGACGCCGGUUCGUAAAUUGGAUGAAAGUUUGAGCUCUAAUGGUCUUCAAUUCGACCGGUUACAGCCGUCGGAUCAAGAGUUAGUUCGAGAAAAUUCGUUUGAGUUUGGGCAGUUCGUAGCUAGAGAAGCUAUGCUUGAUGAAGAGUAUUGGACAGCAGCCUGGCUAAGGGCAGAAAGUCAUUGGGAGAAUCGAACAUUUGAAAGAUAUAUCGAUAGCUUCAAAAGGAAAUUCGCUGACCAGGAAUUUAAUGCGGUAAAAAGGCGGUGCAAGGUGCGGAAUGGAGAUACUUGUGCAUGCAUUAUCGUGGUGAGGAAGGAGCAGAAGAAUGUACAGCGCUCAAUAAUUAAAAGUGUAGUAGGAACACUUGAUUUGAAUAUCCGAUAUUUGCUGCAAGGAGAGACUUUUCCUGGGGAACGAGUCAAGACUCCUUUUUGUUGCAGCACAAACAGGACACCACUGAGUAGAUAUGGUUACAUUGCAAAUUUAUGUGUUGCUAAGUCGGCUCGCCGACAAGGAAUUGCAAGCAAUAUGAUGUAUUUUGCUGUUGAGUGUGCAAAAUCUAAUGCAGGUGUGAGCCAAGUAUAUGUGCAUGUUGACAGAAAUAAUAGGCCUGGACAGUUAUUGUACCAAAAGAUGGGCUUCGAGCUCCGUCGUCUUUUUCAGAUGGUUGAAACCGCAAACUCUCGGUUGUUACUAGAAGAAACAUACUUGCUACGGUUGCAGACAUAAAUUAAGAAAAAUAGUUACUUAUGAUUCAAUUCCGAAAACAGUUGCAAAUUUUAAUAUUCAACUGAUUCGGUUCCUGUAAAUCAUUUAACGUAUAUCCUUUAGUCUAUGUAAAUGCAUGUAGGUGUCCAUCUUUUAAUGUAUGGAUGUCUUCCAUAGUGUGAUUUUUGUGGUGUCUUGUAUUCUUCCUUUAAUUGAAUUUGAUGUUUAGCAUACUCUUAAAAUAAAUACAUUUGAAAUAGAAAGAUUAAUGAAACAGAACAAGAACAAGGAUAUGUAUUGUGUUUUU